AUGUGUGGGUCGGUCUAUUUUGUAUUCGGGUCGAGUGCCAAACGACUCUCUAACUAGUGACCCUAAAUAGUGUAGGAGGCGAUGUUAAUUUGAAUAGGGAGGUUGUGCACUAAGAUAAGGGAGGCAGGAGUGAUUUGGGAUACGGCCCGUGUAUUCUUCGCGGCUAAGUUGCUAAAGACUUUGUGAGGAGAAACGCUAACGGUUGUGUGCUAGCAGCUAAAGCUACUUUUACAUGGAAUACUUUAUACAUUUUAUUAUUUUUAAUGGCGGGGUUCAAUGGUGACGCGGUUUGAUGUGUGUAGAUGAUGUUGAAGUCCCGAUGCGGUGUGAAUAAAGCAAAUAAAAUAAGAAGGAACAAUGAAAAGAAUGUAAAAGUGAACUGAUUCAGAAGGAGCGCGCGACGGACCGGGAGAUUUUUUUUGAUCCGGUUUAGCUAGCAGGCUAGUUCGAGUCCAAACCCUGACAGAGUUUAUUCUUUUAUAAUAAUACCGUUCCGGGUUUAUCUGCGGUCGGGGUGUGAGGUCUGACCCGCAUCCCGCGCCUCUUCGUCCCGAUGGCGCCUCAGAAAUACACGGGGCAGGUGGUGAGCGCUGCUGCGGGCGGCAGGGCGAGUGGAGCGGUGUGUGUCUCCGCCGUCACCGCGGUAAAAAAGCCCAAACUGGAGCAGAUCCAGGCCGACCACGAGCUCUUCCUACAGGCCUUCGAGAAGCCUACGCAAAUCUACAGAUUCCUGCGCACGAGGAACCUAAUCACUCCGAUUCUGUUACACAGAUGUCUCACAUUCAUGUCCCACAGAAACCCUCGUACAAAUGUUAACAGAAAAGCAUUUAAAGUCGACAGCAUGCUGGCAAAGGUAGAGAAGAUGAAAGGAGAGCAGGAGUCACACAGUUUAUCGUCGCACCUGCAGCUGACCUUUACUGGAUUCUUUUAUAAAAACGAUAAGCCAUGUCCAAACUCAGAAAACGAGCAAAACUCCGUUUCUCUAGAGGUGCUACUCGUCAAAGUCUGCCAUAAAAAGCGAAAGGAUGUCAGCUGCCCUAUAAAGCAAGUGCCUACAGGGAAGAAGCAGGUGCCUUUGAACCCGGAUGUGAAGCAGACGAAGCCGGCGACGUUCCCCACGCUGCUUGUCUCCAGCACCGAGUUCGAGCCGAGCAACAGCCACAUGGUGAAGUCCUACUCACUGCUGUUCCGAGUGUCCCGGCCCGGGAAAACACACUCCAGCGUCUACGUCAAUGGAGAGACCGACGAGAACAUGGAUGUAAAGGAGGAUCUGUCGAGCAGAAAGAAAAGGGGUGUGUCUCACCGUGACGACGAGGGAAACGCCACGGAGAUGUUCAUCGCACAGAUGACCGUGUUCGAUAAGAACAGGCGUCUGCAGCUGCUGGACGGUGAGUAUGAAGUGUCGAUGCAGCAGAUAGAAGACUGUCCUGUCAGUAAGAAAAGAGCCACCUGGGAAACCAUCUUGGAUGGAAAGAGGUUACCUCCGUUUGAAACAUUCUCUCAGGGACCGACUCUACAGUUCACGCUACGCUGGACCGGUGAUCCCAAUGACCCCUCGACGGCUCCUGUAGCUAAACCGCUGUCCACACGCAACUCCGACACCAGUGGGCCUGAAAUUCGCACCCCCACCCUCAGAUCUACCCCCACAGUGAAAGACUCGGUGAACAGCAGCAGUAGUACGGGUGGAGGUGGAGGAGGAGGAGGAGGAGGAGGUGUUCAGACUAGAAGAGAGCAGACCAUCUCCGAGCCCAGACAGAAACUUCGCAUUUUCUAUCAGUUUCUGUACAACAAUAACACGCGGCAGCAGACGGAGGCUCGCGACGACCUGCACUGUCCCUGGUGUACACUGAACUGCCAGAAACUCUACAGCCUCCUAAAACACCUCAAACUCUCACACAGCCGCUUUAUCUUUAACUACGUGCCUCAUCCCAAAGGUGCGAGGAUAGACGUGUCCAUAAACGAGUGUUACGACGGCUCAUACGUAGGGAAUCCUCAGGACAUCCACAGCCAGCCGGGAUUCGCCUUCAGCCGCAACGGCCCCGUCAAGAGGACCGCGGUCACCCACAUCCUCGUCUGCAGGCCCAAGCGCACGAAGCCGAGCCUGUCGGAAUUCCUAGAGUCGGAGGAUGGCGAGCCGGAGCAGCAGCGGACGUACGUGAGCGGACAUAACCGCCUGUACUUUCACAGCGACAGCUGCAUGCCGCUGCGUCCUCAGGAGAUGGACGUGGACAGCGAAGACGAGAGAGAUCCCGAGUGGCUCAGAGAGAAAACCUCCACGCAAAUCGAAGAAUUCACAGACGUCAACGAGGGAGAGAAGGAGGUGAUGAAGCUGUGGAACCUCCAUGUCAUGAAACACGGGUUUAUAGCGGAUAACCAGAUGAACCAGGCCAUCAUGCUGUUUGUGGAGAACUGUGGCCCUCACAUCGCACACAGGAACCUGUGGCGCAACUUCCUGCUUCACCUGGUCAGCAUGCACGACUUCAACCUGGUCACCACGGCGACCAUCGACCGGGCGAUGACGCGGCUGCGGGAGAUCCAGGCUGAGCUGCCCAAGCAGGAGCAAAGCGCCUGUAACGGUCACGCCGUCUCCUCAGGGAUUUCCCUGCAUGGCAAACGCACCAAGAGCGCCGUCACCGAUUGAACCCCCGACACGCCCAAUACCGGACGCCUACACAACAAAUCUGCUCCGCUCUGGUUCAGCAGCAAAUCCAUCAUUAUUAAUCAGAGAGGGUGGGGGUGGGGGUUGUCUGGCUAGAGGGGCAAAUUCUAGAGCUAGAGCUAAGAUCAUUAGGAUUCACACCACUAGGAAUCACAACUCUUUUUUUAUUCUAGUUUCUGGUUUUCUAGAACUAACUAAAUCUCCUGUUCUCCAGCAUCUAGUUAAAAUUCGCUGCUACAUUCCAAAAAAUAGCACACCAUCGAUCCCGGGGUAGAAACAGGGCUUUUCCAGAGUUUACAGGAACCUCUAAAGUUUUCGGGAAGUACACAUUUAAUCACCCGGAGAAAGAUACAAUCUUUUUGCCAUUCGAGAACAAAAUUUCUACAAAAUCCUAAAGCUGUUUUGUGGUUUUCUAGAAUUAAACGGCAAAAUGUAGAGCUGACGUCCGUAAACAGUUAUUCAUCUGGAGAGAUUUUGCUACUGCAAUCCAAAAGAAAGAACUUGAGGUUUCUAGAAAGUGAUGAAAACUCUUACAGAAACAGUUCCUUUUUUUGUUUUGUUUCUAGACUAAAAAAAAUUAUAAUACAAAUGUUUUGGAGCUGAAACCAACACGAUCGGUUUCUCAGUCCCUUGGUUGAAAUUAGCUGUCUAGAUUGUACAGAAAUUUCUGGAGCUGAGGAAAAUGUAAAAAUUUCAACCAGUUAAAAAAGUUCAGCUCAUCAUAUGGAGAAUGAAGAUGACGUUGGAAGUUCUUCACCAAUUCCAGAAAGCUCUAAAUAUAUGAUUUAGAGUUGAAGUUGUAGACCAAGACCAGUUCCUGUUAUUCAAGAAAGCAUUUCUUUUUGAUUAUCCAGAUAUUUAACAAACUAUUAAGUACCAUUUUCUGUGACCUGAAUUCUUUUUUCUAUACUUUUUUAUAAUCUUUGGAGAGAUUAUUCCAGAAUCAUUUAGAGCGCAGAGACAGUGCACAGCUCGGGAUUUCAUUGGAGCAUUUCUCUUUUGUUUUUCUUUUAAUUAAACUUAUUUUGCUUUUCUAGAAUUCACAAGAAAAAAACAAUCUAAAGUCAGAUGCUGGACAGCUCAGCGUGAGGAGACACAAUUCUGAGCCAGAGCCGAGUUGAUUUUGGAGAAUCUCUUGACAGAAGGAUGGUUAGACUCAGACGCCAGGUUUUAAAGACUGAAGCAGCUUUUCUGUCAAGUUUUUAUGUUCUGUAUCAUGACCAACACUGAGACUCGUUUGUUUGUUUGUUUGUUUGUGUUUGGUUCAUCUUUGUUUGUUUGUCUCUGGAUUUCUUUUUGUCAUUAUCAUUAACUCUAGAAAGGACAAACUGCUGGUCCUGAUUAUUAUUAUUGUUGUUAUUGUUUUUUUACAGUCUGUUAGCACUUCAUUUGUUUAGUGAUUUUUUUGGUGUAUUUGUUUUUUUUUUUUUUCGAUUAUGACGUGCGACACUUCGCCUCCUCUGUCUCAACGUUAUUAUUGAUUUUAUUUCCUAAUUAAUCAGCAAUAUUAUCUGAGCUCUUGCUUGUAUUUUUGCCUUUAAAGGAAAAAAAUGGACUGCUUUUAGGAAUAAAUGAGUAUGUGGAUGGAUGGAUGGAUGGAUGGAUGGAUGGAUGGAUGGAUGGAUGGACAGACAGAGGGGGCAGAGCAUUGUGAGAUCAUCCCUUUGACGAUUUUUGUUUUACUGAACACGAUUAUAAAACACUCUGAUCAGGAUGUUAGGCUCGAAUCCGGUAAAGAAGCGUGUCGUACUUUAUAAAAUGCCAAAGCUCUCAGAUUCUCCCCGUUCACUCAGUACACAGUGUAUAUUUCAAAUUGUAAACAAAAAAAAUGCAUAGGUUUCCCUGUAACGUGGAAAUAAGACAAAUUAAAAAUUUGUAAACAGAAA